AUGUCUAUCAAUCGUUAUCCAAUCAAGACCUUAGCCUUUGCUUCUGAUAGGGUCUACGUGGUGUUAGAUUUUGUCCCAGUUAAAAGAGAAUUUUCUUUCAGCGCUCAAAAUAAGUCUUUUAAAACUCCUGAGGAUGCAAUUGAACAUGUUUUGACUACUUUUGGGAUCCAAGAUAAAGUAUUAUCUUAUAUUUCUAAUAAUCUUAUCAUCAAUGAUUGGGGUUUGAGAAAGAUAAACUCGGCUGCGGGGGCCGAAUUAAUGCCUUGUAUAUUACAGACUACCAAUUUACUCAUGAGAUAUGUUUUGACAAAUGUUGUGCUGGUGGAGCGUAAAAAACAUGAGAGAAAUAAACUUUGA